GUCAUUAUAUCACUUUCAAUCCAAAUAAAAAUUACGUAAGCGCAUUUAACCUCCUGUACAGCAGGUGGCAGUAAGCACUCAAAUUGGACUUUAAUAAAACGACGAAAUAAUUUGGCGGAAGUAAACACAUCUGCCGCCUCCCGAGACGUUCAAGUAGCUCACCACUUUUUUUUGCUUUACAUGACGCUGUGAAACUUUACAGUUCAGUUGGUUUUGGACUUCAGAAGCAGCAACGAUCGGAACCGAAAUAUGAAAGUGAAGAUCCGGCAGUGGAGCGGCAUCGCAUCCUGGUUGUGGGUCGCCAACGAUGAGAAUUGUGGGAUCUGCAGGAUGCCGUUUAACGGAUGUUGUCCAGACUGUAAAGUGCCAGGAGACGACUGUCCACUCGUGUGGGGGCAGUGCUCCCACUGCUUCCAUAUGCACUGCAUCCUCAAGUGGCUGAACUCCCAGCAGGUCCAGCAGCAGUGUCCCAUGUGUCGACAAGAGUGGAAGUUCAAGGAAUAACAGACUGGAGACUUUGUGUCUCAAUGUAAAUAUUUGUACUUUUGUCCACUGUAACAUUUUUGUGCCUACAAUUGGAAUUAAAAA